CCCCACCUCCUCCCCUCCUCCUCCCUCCCUUAUAUCCCUCCUCUUGGGAACAGGCCUCUCUCAAGAAUCCUCCUCCUCAUCCCCCAAAUCCCCAGGCCACCAUUAUAACUACAUUCACGAACAAGAGAAGAGGGAAUAGGAAAGGAUAUCAGGAGAUAAGAGAGAGAGGGAAAGGGAGUAGAGAAUUCAUCAUUUGAUUGGAUUAAUGUGAUAUGGAGCUGGACCUGGACAAGCUGACCGCGGUUCGGGUCCUGGGGAAGGGGGCGAUGGGCACCGUCUUCCUGGUCACCGACCGGUCGGCCCACCCGUCACGGCCGCCGGUGUUCGCCCUCAAGGUGGUGGAGAAGCACUCCCCCACCGCCAAGCCCGACGCCGACCGCCGCGCCCGCUGGGAGCUCUCCGUCCUCUCCCGCCUCGGGCCCCACCCCUUCCUUCCCUCCCUGCUGGGCUCCUUGGAGACCCCCGAGUUGUUGGCCUGGGCCGUCCCCUUCUGCCCCGGCGGCGACCUCAACGCCCUCCGGUACUCCCUCUCCGACCGCAUCUUCUCCCCCGCCGCCAUCCGUUUCUACCUCUCCGAGAUCGUCUCCGCCCUCGCCCACCUCCACUCCCUCGGCAUCGUCUACCGCGACCUCAAGCCCGAGAACGUCCUCCUCCAGGCCUCCGGCCACGUCACCCUCACCGACUUCGACCUCUCCCGCCACCUCGCCCCCAAACCCUCCCCCUCCUCCCCCCUCCUCCAUCAAUCCCAUCUCCCUCCCCUCCCCACCCGACAACAAUCAUCGGCGUCGACGCGGCUACCACCACCACCGCCGCAACCUCACCCGCAUCUUCUUCGGUGCCACGCCAGUCCCGGCGGCGGAUCUCCCGACGUCACCGGCCACCUCCCGCACCAGCUCAAGAAGGCCAAGUCCGCCCGCGUCUCUCCCGUCAGCCGCCGCCGCCCCAGCAUUUCCGCCGGUGUCGCCUCCUGCGAGCGUUCCCACUCCUUUGUCGGCACGGAGGAGUACGUCUCCCCCGAGGUCGUCCGCGGCGACGGCCACGAGUUCGCCGUCGACUGGUGGGCCGUCGGCAUCCUCACCUACGAGAUGGCCUACGGCCGCACCCCCUUCCGCGGCCGCAACCGCAAGGAGACCUUUCGGAACGUCCUCACCCGCCAGCCGGAGUUCACCGGCCGGCAGCGCACCGACCUCACCGACCUUAUCGCGCGCCUCCUCGCCAAGGACCCUGCCCGCCGGCUGGGGUACGCCGGCGGGGCGGAGGAAGUCAAGGCCCACCCCUUUUUCCGGGGAGUCCAGUGGGAUCUGCUCGCCGACGUCAACCGCCCGCCCUUCCUCGCGCCGCUGGAGGACCUUGAGGAGGAGGUGCUCGCGCCGAGCUGUGACGGGACCGCCGACGCCGUCGAGGGGUUCGACAUCCGGGACUACUUCAAGCGGCUCCGGCAGCAGCAGGCCUCGCCGGCGGCGCCGUCGCCGUUGUCGUCGUCGGUGUCUCUCUCGGACUUCUGACGGUAACCGUUAGUUCGUUACUUUUUUUGUUUUAAACCUUUCGUUUGUUUGUUAGAGAAGGGAGGACUUUUUCCCGGUAUUGGGGUGUACAUAAACGAAGGGCGGCCGAGACGUGCGGGGACGGGGACUCGGGGAAAGUUCGUUAGAGGGGGCGGCGGUUGUAAUUAGGGGUAAUGUUUAGGGUCUAUCUCACACAAUUUUGAGAAGGCGCGUGCGAUAGCGCACGUGUGUGGACUGGCUUCUUCCAGGGCCAAGCAUGUUGUGUGUAAUAUUCCUCCCCGUCUUUUGGAAUGAACAACUACAGCGGGUAGCGUUUAGAUGGACAAA